AUUGUUUUUUGUAGCUAAAUCAUCAUAAGGUCCGAGAUGUACCGAAAUAAUGUGAGGUUAAAGGUCAGACAAUCAUGAGGAAGAAAACAGGAUUAACGUUAACUUUCCUAAUUUUUGCAUUAGUUGUGCCUGUAACAGUUCAAUACAAGCCUAUUAUAUUUAUGCAUGGCAUCAUUGGGAGUCCUACUGAGGCAGAAUUUUUGAUUUCUACUCUUCUAAAGGUUCAUCCAGGAACACAGAUAACAGCAGUCAAUGCCUUCAAUAGAGUCCAAAGUUUUGAACCACUAUGGAAACAAGUCAACAAUAUAACUAAGAUAGUACAACCUAUAAUGAACAGCAGUCCAGAUGGUGUCCAUCUCAUAUGUUUUUCUCAAGGUGGUCUGAUAUGUAGAGGUUUGCUAUCUGUAUUGGAACAUAAUGUUGACACGUUUAUAGCUUUAAGUUCACCGUUAGCUGGCCAGUAUGGUGACACCGACUACCUCAAGGAUUUUUUUCCAUACUACCUCAAAGAAACUAUUUAUAAAUACUUUUACACAAAGAAUGGACAGAAAUGGUCUGUAGCUAAUUACUGGAGAGAUCCCCACCAUACAGAUUUGUAUCAUGAAUUCUCAUCUUACCUAUACAACCUAGAUAGUGGACAGAAUUCAAACUACAGAAAUAACUUUGUACGUUUAAAGAAGCUUGUCUUGAUAGGAGGUCCUGAUGAUGGAGUUAUCACCCCUUGGCAGUCCAGCCAUUUUGGAUUUUAUGAUGAAAACGAAAAAAUUAAAGAAAUGAGAAAUCAGGAGUAUUUUCUGAAUGAUACAUUUGGAUUGAAGGAAUUAGAUGGUAGAGGAGCAAUAGAUACACAUGUUAUACCUGGUGUAGAACAUGUACACUGGUACAAAAAUACCACUGUGUUCAACAAGUACAUAGAACCAUACUUAACAUAGUACUAGGGGCAGGUAUUGAUGUGGAAGAUUUGAUUCAUUUUUAGUUAGAAAUUCAGGUUUUAUUUACAUUAAGGUGGUACCAAACACCUUUACUACAAUUAAUUUGACUUGUGUAAUUUUCUUAAUUUUUACAAAAUAUUUACUUUGACCCUUUGAAAAAAGUAUAAAAAUUUAAAAAUAACAUGAACCUCACACUUUAUCUGGAAAA